UCCACCGGCGCAAUUGCCACGAAAGCCUAAAGAAGAAACGCUUUUAACUCUUAUGUGUUUAUCCGACGCGGUUCUCCGUAACCUCGUGACGGUUUACGUGGCGGUGAUCAUCGCGAUCAAGGUGUAUGGAACUGUCUCAGGGACGAGCUUCGGUGCUGGAUUCGUCGUCGUGGUUUCUGUUACCGCGGUUGGAGUUUUGCUUGCGGUUACGCUAGCUUGGGACGUGACUCGUAGAGCGACGGAUGCGGUUUCGCGGUAUAAUCGCGUUGGGGUUGAGGAUCUUAGUCACCGUAACCAUCACGACGGUGUUGGUGGAGUUUGUAAAGGAGGGAUUUGCUGGCACGGUGUUGCGGUUCGGUCACCUGCUUCUCAGGUUCGGUUUAGGCUUCCACAACAUAUACCGUAUGGCGCUCUCUGAGUGCAUAAUUUGAAUGUUUUUGUUUUUUUUGUUUGACUAAAAUGUUUCCCUUUUUUGUUACUUAGUUUCCUAUACAUAUUGUAUAUGUUGUAAAUGUUAUGUGAUGAUGAUAAAUGUUCCUGUUUUCU